AUGAUCUUGUGGUAUGGGCUUUCACUUUCAACAUGUUUCAGCGCGAAGUACAAAAAUCUAAAACAGACGAAACAAAAAUUAAUCUAUAAACUUUGCGGCAUGUUUUGCUUCUAUUCAGGAAUGAACAUCAGCUUGUGCAAUCUAUACUCUCUGUUUGUUUCGAUGAUGCUUGCUCUAGUAGAAUGUAGGAAUUCCCAUGUCCAUCCCCAUGUCCAUCCUCAUGUCCAUCCUCAUAGUUUACACAGUAGGGAAUCUCAUCGCAACGGAUUGAGGAGACGGGAUCGCCUCCCAACCCACAGAAGCCCUUACAUGCAUAGAAAAUAUAUGCCUAUGAACAACAACAAGAGAACUAUGACGCUUGAAGAACUGAAGAAACCAAACGCCCCGAUAAUAGUUCCCUACGAAGUGACUCAAAAUCAGGUACUAGCUCUUCUACACCAUUAA